CGUGACAGGCUGUGCGUACGCGGCGGAAUUGUAAGUGAAGAUGGCGGACGAGGAGGCCGAGCAGGAGCGCAGCGCGCGGAGCGACACUUCCAGCGCGUUGCAGGCGCUCGCGACGCGGCUGCAGGAGAUCAGGGGUGCGCUGGAGGACCGCGCGGAGCCCGCGGAGGAGUCCGCGUCGCAAUACUGCUAUCAGUUCUGUCAGACGCUGCUAGAGUACGCCAGCCUGUGGAGGAUUGAGGAUGAGCCCCUGCCGGUGCUGGAGGUGUACAUCACGGCGCUGCUCAGCUUCGCUCAGGCCUGUCCGCUGCUGUCGGCGCAGUGUGAGGAGGUGCCGCUGCUGCUGGAGAGACUCUCGCUGAGUUGUGCAGAGCUGCUGCUUUCUCUGCCGCGGAAUAUCCCAGAUGCAUUGUGGGACAGGUUUAGGACAUCCGUCCAGAUCGCUCAUCCUCUGGUUCAGGAGAAGGGAAUCAGCCAUCUGACCAUCCUCUCCACCAUCGCCAGAGAGCAGGGCGUCUGGAGUAACCCGACCCUGCAGGCGAUCCUGUCCAGUGAGACGCCGGCCGGGGAGGAAGUGCACGAGUUCCUGAAGGCGGAGGGGCCGACGCUGCUGCGCAUGCGGCUGAAGCAGCUGAUGAAGGAGGGCCGAGCGGAUCAGGCUGCGGCGCUGGCCAAGGCCUGUGCGGACCUCUCCCAGUUUGAGGAGAAGGGACACUUCAAGCAGAUGCACCUGGUGUGUUUGUGCACGGUUGCUCCACAGGACGUCGUAAUGGAAGAGCUCUCGAAAGUGGACUGCCGUGAUGCUUUAGAGAUGAUUUGUAACCUCGAGGCUGACGGCGAGGAGAAGGCUGCGUUCACAUUGUGCUCUGCUUUUUUGACACGUCAGAUUCUGCAGGAGGAUUCCUACUGUGCUUGGGAGUUGACUCUGUUCUGGGGGAACCUGCUCAAGCGGUUAGAGCCUUCAGAGCAAGGCUUUUUGGACAGAUGCCGUCAGAUGUCGUUCCUGUCUAAAACUGUGUUCCACCUACUCUUCUUCAUUAAAUUCAUCCAAACAGAGAUGGGCAAAGUUGGACUUCCAACCUGUGUUGAGAUCUGCAUCCGCGCCCUGCGAUUGGAUUCAUGUGAAGGAAGCACCAAAGCCACUGUCUGCAAAACCAUUUCUUGCCUCUUACCCUCUGACCUGGAGGUGAAAAGGGCCUGCCAGCUGACGGAGUUUCUCCUGGAGCCCACCGUGGACUCGUACUAUGCAGUGGAGACUCUCUACAAUGAGCCAGACCAGAAGCUGGACGUGGAAGAUCUGCUGGUAUCAAACUCGCUGCGCUGUGAGCUCCUGUUAGUCCUCAAAACCCAGUGGCCUUUCGACCCCGAGUACUGGAACUGGAAGGCCUUAAAACGCCACUGUUUAGGACUUAUGGGAGAGGAGGCCUCAAUAGUGUCCUCCAUUGAUGAACUGAACGAUGGAGACCUUGAAGGCCUGGGGGAAUUUAACGAGGACUUCAAGGAUAUGUCUCAGUGUUUUUUAGACACAACAAAUGAACUGAAUGAUAUGGCAGAUCAGAAGCAGAAGAACAGAGAGAUGAAGAAGUUGCGAGAAAAGGGCUUCGUUUCCGCUAGGUUUAGAAACUGGCAGGCCUACAUGCAGUACUGUGUUUUGUGCGACAAGGAGUUUCUCGGUCAUCGAAUAGUGCGUCAUGCAGUGACUCACUUCAAAGAUGGAAGCUACUUCUGCCCGAUAUGUUUGGAGACCUUUGAAACUAAAGAGACUCUUGAACCACAUGUUGCAUCGCAUGUGAAACUGUCUUGCAAAGAGCGUCUCGCUGCAAUGAAGACUAGCAAGCAGCUAGCCAGCCCCAAAACAGCCACUCCGGACAUACCCUCCCUGAAAGCUAAGAGCAGUGAAAAUCAGGUGCGUAAGCCCAAGACAAAAAGCAGCAGCGGUGGGCAGGCCAACAAGCUGAGUAGUAAGGGCAGCAAUGACUCCGAGGGCUUUGGAGGUGAAGGGAAUACUUGUCCAGUGCAGUACUGCAGGAAGGGAUUUAAAUAUUUCCGCAAUCUCAUUGCCCACGUGAAAGAUCAUGGCGACAAUGAAGAAGCCAAGCGCUUCCUUGAAAUGCAGAGCACUAAAAUAGUGUGCCAGUACUGCCGUCGCCAGUUUGUCAGCGUCGACCACCUGAACGAUCACCUGCAGAUGCACUGCGGCAUCAAACCCUACAUUUGCAUUCAGCUUAACUGCAAAGCCAGCUUCAACUCCAACACAGAGCUCAUCGUGCAUAAGAAAGAACACACUGUCUUCAAGGCUAGGUGCAUGUUUCCAGGAUGCGGCAAGAUUUUUCACGAAGCCUAUAAACUGUAUGACCAUGAGGCACAGCAUUACAAAACAUUUACCUGCAAAGCACCAGACUGUGGUAAAGUGUUUCAUUCACAGUCUGAGUUGGACCUCCAUGCCGAGAGCCACAUCACAAAAGUGGAAAGCAAAAACACUGAGAGUCAAAGUAUUGAACCAGCAGAACCUCACCCAGAACAAUGCAAUCAAACAGAGCAGGACUCAGCCCAGCCUGACCCUCUCUCAGUCAUGGAUUUAAAUGACAGAGGCGCAGAGUCUGAAGAAGAUCGCCAAUCAGGCAUGGUCAUAGUCAAGCAUUCUGUUGAAAACAUGCUAAAUAGCGAAUUUGCAGUUUCUGCUGACUGUGUUCAACCUGGGACAAGUAAACCUGAUCAACUUCCCACCCACCAGCACAUCCCUCAGAUCAAUGACCACCCCGGCAAGUCAACUGAGGGGACUCGCGCGUCUCGGUUAAAACCACAUAGACAGGAGGAGUCUCUCUUGGAGGCAUUGAUGAGCAAUUCAGAUCCCAUGCCAUCUACGUCUUCAUAUCAGAGUGUAUUAGAGGACUUACUGCCUGUCCCAGCAACUAAUGGUCAGCUGCAGUCGGCAGACUCUGCUUCUACUACUCCACUAUAUAACAAUGGAGUAUUUAGGCAGUACAAUCCCAAUCCCGUAACUCCAUCUCAGGCAUCAUAUCAGAGCCUGCACAGUAGUAGAAGGACGCCUCCACCACAGGCUGCACACAACGCAACACCGCUCGUCUCACUGGGUCAGAUGCUUCCUCCCGUUUCUCAGACACUUCCUUUGCAAAUGGCUUCCGUACCAAACGAUGGACAAGUUUUGGAAAACAAAUGUGUGAAACCGAUAGACACAACGAUUGUCCAAGUGAAAGAGAGACACAAAUGCCCUCACGAAACUUGUACUCGAGACUAUAGCUCGUAUAGAAGUGUUACGAAGCACAUGAAGGCUGUUCAUCCCGACUUUUACACGCAGUGGAAACUAGCCAAGAAGAACAAUGUGGCAGGCCGCUCAAAACACCGAUCUGUAAAUGGAGGCCACAGUUCUGUUGUGACUCCUCGAGACCAGCCGGCCCAAAGACGUCCUGCUGUUCAAACACAGAAAUCCCUCAGUCAGCCUACGUGCUACCCAUCUAACUGUGCAAACCCCAAAUAUCCUUCCGUCUCUUCUCACAUCGCCGCUUCCCCAGGGCACAUCCGUUCCAAUGAAAUGGACAAUAUAUUAGAUCCUAUUGUUCUCUCUCAGCUUGGCAAUGGUAAUAAUCAGCCUCAAAUGGCAACAGACCACUUGUGGGACCCCAGGAAUAAUUCAGUACUCCAGCAACAGAGAUGUCAUUCAAUGACGCAAAGCAUGAACACUCUUUCUAGCAGUCAUUUUACUCACAUGAACCCAGCUUCCAAUGAUGAUGCACAGCAGAGAGGCACAAGCUAUACCACCCUGCAGAGUAAGCGUAAUGGCUACCCAGUGCCAGCUCGAGCAGACAUCAAUCAAAAACUCAGUAACACCUCAAAUGAUGACCUGCAUGCAGUUGGCGAACUCAAUUCAACUCAAGUCAUGGGUCCUAAUGCGGUGGUAACUGCGCAAUCUUCAGCCGAGACAAACCUGGGAUCUGCUCAGAUGUCUGUGUUGUCCUCUUAUGCAGACACUAUGAACAGUUCAGUUCCCAAAGAGUCCUCAGCGGCUUACCUGCCGCAAGCAGAGGAUUCCUUUCCUCCAGUACCCAGCGCUCAGUGUUUGGUGAAGUUGGAGAGGGAAACCACCGUAGGCUUUCCACUUUCUAACAAUGCUCCCCCAUCAAAUGGCAGUUCUCCAAGUUCACAGGAUAACACUGGGAAUGCGUCAAGUGAUGGGGAGCACAAAAAAGUUAAGCGAAACAGAAGAACAAAAUGGCCUGCUAUUGUUAAAGAUGGCAAGUUCAUCUGCUGCAGGUGUUACAGAGAAUUCAAUAGCCCCAAGUCUCUGGGUGGACAUUUGUCUAAGCGCGCUUAUUGCAAACCAUUUGAGGAAGCUGACCUGACAGCAGACCUCCCCAGCUCAUUUCUUGAUCUUCUCAACUCGCCUCACCCCGCCCCAUCCUCACAUGUGACCCUGCCACAGAUCAAGGGCCCCCUUGAUCCGAAGCUGUACCCAAACGUCACUUUCCCCCAAGCCAAUGGCACUUACACUAGCAUUGACAAACAGAUGGGAGGAACAUUCAAGCAAAGCCAGUCGAGUCCGUGUGCGGGCUCUGCACAGGAACAGCAGAUGGUGCCAAACCCCUGUGGUUCAUAUGCUCAGAGCAGUCGGCUGUCUGAAACCAGUGUCAUACAGCACACAGGUAGUGUCAAACAUCAACUUCAACCAAGUUAUUCUGAGAUGUCCAGCACGCUGUUUAACGACAGUGUCAGUGAUCCUUUGCUUACUCAGCUGCUAGCAGAUGACCGGUCUACAUCCAGCCUGAAUAGCAGUUCCUCAGAUCAAGUUUUUCAAAAUGAAACUUUAAACAGAAUGAAAGACAACAAGGAGAAGACACCCAACAUUAAUGUAAGCGAUUUAUCAAAUGAUGGACUUCUGGCAGCCAUGGCAAACUUCACUCAAAAUAUGGUGUCUGAAAAGAGUGUCAAAGAAAGAUUGCGAGAGCAGAUAUUAGCUGGAGAGUUUCACAAAAAGAGCAGCCUGCCUCGUGGAUCAAGUGUUGACAGUUCCUCCUCACAAAUGUCUGUGUCGAGUCCUGUCAGUGGGGAUCUACAGCGUACCUCAAACCUGGUUACGAAUACGCCUCAGAGUGAGCAGCAACCUAAUGUAAACGCAUCUGACGUCCUUGUUGAGACUGUUUCACAAAUGAGCCCAAACGAUGGCUUAAAUCACACCAUGUCAUCUGUGCUACCGGAAGGUGCUGUCAACGAUCAGCCUAGCAAUAUACCAAUUACCAGUGUCGAUGAAGUGUUAGAAAUCCAGAAAGCACUGGAGAAGCUUGAUCUAGACAGAGAAAUUAGUGAAGUUAUCAGAACUGUAGAUGAUCCCGCUGUGAUACCUGUACAGCCUACUAAGCCAGAGCUUAAGCCUACUAAGCCCAAGGUUUUACCUACUGUGAAGGCAAGUUACGUGAAGCCAUUUGUGUGUGAUGUGAAAGGUUGCACUUACAGUGCUAUGACAAAAGACGCUCUUAUGAAACACCUUGUCAAGACGCACAAUUACACAGAGGAUAUGCUUGCGCAAAUGAAAGACCAGUUUAAUGUUGCCCCUUUCAGGUGUCAAAAAUGUUCCAAGGCCUUCACACGCAACUCCAACCUCAAAGCCCAUUACAUAUCCAUUCAUAACUAUUCACAGGAAGAAGUAAAGAAGAUGAAAAUUAGGCCUCAGUCCAGUCAACGGCUCCUGGAGAGUGAUAAAGGCAGCCCUUGCUCAGUGCCGGAGGUCCCCAGAACAGUUAAAAACACUCCAGUUGUGGACGCACGUCAACCGCCGAAAGAUGUUACAUGUCCAUCAGGCUCCAUGAGACAAGAUACUGUCAAAACACCCCAUUGCAUCCCUCCACCAUUUGUCCCACAGUCUGCUUUUGUGCCUCAGAGUAGAAGUCUUGCUGCAGGAACACCAACAGUAAAUCAGAUGGCUGUUCAGCCAUCAGUAAUCAUGUCUAGCCAUUCUUCAGUGACUCAGAGAAUAGAUCAGAAUGCAAAUGGGUGGUUUCCCACUCCUACCCCUGUUCCUGCUCAAGCCCAAUUGUCUCCACUUAAAGAGAUUCUACCCAUAGCCCCUUUUACACAAAAUCCUUCAGCACUGCUUCACAAAGUAAAUUUGCCCUUGGACAAGAAGCCCAAACCUAGCAAGCCUAAAGUGGCCAAGCCGAAAGAAUCUCCCAAAAAAAUAAAAGAGAAAAAACCUGAGGCGGAUGAUGCUUUUAGCCCCUAUAGACCCUAUCGGUGUGUUCAUCAAGGCUGUGUGGCGGCAUUCACAAUCCAGCAUAAUCUGAUCCUGCAUUAUAAAGCUGUGCAUCAGUCUGCUUUGCCUAAGUUUGAGAUCAACAGCCAUGACGAACAGAACGAUGAGGAGGCCGAGGACAUGGACCGAGUUGAGGAGCGUGAGGACAAGCUGGAUGUGGAUGUCAAGGAGGUGGAUGAGUUCAGGUGUCAAGUCAAAGACUGUUCUUCCAUUUUCCAGACAGUUCCAGACAUGCUCCAGCACUACCUUCAGCUCCACAAGUUACCUCUUGAAAAAGCAGGUGCCAUGAUGUGCAGCAUUAACCUAGGUAGAUUUCAGUGUGAUCAGUCUGAAUGCUCCGAGACCUUCACCGGUUUCUGGAAGUACAUCCGCCACGUUGACAAAAAGCAUAAAGAAACCCAGCUCUCAAAGGUUAACGCUGUGGCGGGGGUGUUCAGAUGUCCGAUGGAAGGAUGCGAAGGCGCGUACAGUACACGAUCAAAUCUGCUGCGGCACACGAUGAAGAAGCACCAAGAAGUGUACAAACGCUUGCUCAUGAGCCCACGUGGAACCAAGACUGGGGUUAAACUUGGUCGUCCCAGGAAGUUCCAGAGUCAUGUUGUCGAGAAAGAAAACCGAGCGAUGAACAAGAAGUCUAUUAAGAAGCCAAUCCUUAAAAAGAAGAAGCCCAACACCAACAACUGGACCAAAUACGGGAAACCCAUAUUGAAAACGCAGGAAGAAGCCUCCGCCAUGUGCACCAAGCGCUUACAGCUGCAGUACGCAUGUAUGAUAAAGGGUUGUGAAACGGUGACGAGUUCAGAGCGAAAUAUAAUGAAGCAUUAUCUUCAGCAUGGCCUCCCAAAACAAUACUUGGAAGAACAGAGAAGCAACUUCAUCUACUGUAAAAAGAUCCCCCGGUCUAAAUACAAGCGCAUCGCUUCCAGAAGCGACGACACCGAUAAAUCCGAGGAGAGCUCCAUCGAGACUACUGAAAACGAGGAAGUUGCUGAGCCCGGACAGAGUGAAUCUGAGUUCUCGAAGCCCACGUCUGGGAAAGAAAGCACAGAGGACCCUGAUCUGUCCGAUGGCAAGCCGUCUACAGACACCUGCUCAGAGAUAUCAGUGGUGGUUAAGCGGCGGAGGGGACGGCCGCGCAAGGGCAACGUGAAAGAGCGCAAGCCCACUGGACCUAAAAGGAUGACCCGGCAGGGAAUUGCCGGGAGCUCCUCUGUCAGUUAUGCGGACCUGAACUCUGACUCCACGUCCUCCAGUACUACUUUAAUACAGGAGGAAGCUUCCAGUAAAAACACGCCGCUCAGCUCCUUCAAGCCCAUGGGCUUCGAGGUGUCCUUCCUUCAGUUUCUGCAGGAGUCAAAGACAUCCCAGAAGAGAAAGGCAACAGUGCCGCUCAAUGGAAAUGCACACAAAAGAAUGACUACUUUCCAACUAAAGACUGCCACAGUGGUCUGUAAAAGAGCGGACGCGGAGCUGCGUCCCAGAGAAGCACUCAAGCUGGUGGAGUUUAAAAACCCGCAGAAGCUGACCUCGCUCAGUAACGUCAAGUUUGAGGUGCAGAAGGUUUUUACCAAUGUCCUGGAGAUCCUACUCAAGCAGCUUCAGGAAAUGCGACCCACAGUGAUCCUUCAGAAAGAGAAGUAAUGCGCAGAUCCCCCUGAGGAUCAGGAUGAUGGCUGACUUUUAUUAGUUUUAAUUGGACACGAAGAUCGAGCGUUGAUUGAUUGAUUGUCUGGGAAACACUACACACUAUCUUAAAGCUCCCCAGUGUGAUGUUUUUUAACAGAACUGUGUAUGUUAAGCUCACUUCAUAGCCGCAGUAGUCGAUGAAAUACCUCUUAAAGCAUGUAUGUCCCUAUGAAGCUGUUCAGCACAUUUCUGUUGCCUUCGGAGUUGAUUUCGUUUUGUUUUGAGUAUUGGAUAGACCUGUACUUUUUAAUAUUCCAUUGGACUCUUUUUCUAUCCUGCGGAAGUGAAUCUUGAUUCUGAUGUUAUGUAGUGCUGUGUAUAAUUCGUAACUGUUUUGGUCCUGUUUACCUUGUACAUUUUAAAUUUGUCAAUAAUGUUGUGUGUGGCUCUUUGAUCAACUACUGCCACCAGCAGUCUGUAUGUUAAUCAAUAGCAACCAGUUUAAUACAGCUUGCGUUUUGUUA